AUGUACGGAGCUGCACAGAACUUAUUCGUGCGAGAUGCUGUCUUGCCCCCUGAUGAUGUGGAAUUCAUGGGUGCGUCCACCAUGAGCGAAAAAGUGCACUGUCCGGCCUACAUCUUGCGAUAUGACUCCCCGGACGUCAUUGACAACUCCAUCAUUGACUGCCACAGACAGGCCCGGUACCUCUCCUUCCAGGAGCAGUUCGGAGAGCUUCAGCUCCAUGAGCAGCUUCGAGAGGACCGGUACAUCUACAAGGCAGUCGAGCAGGCCUGCGGCCAGCUGCUGUCCAUGUUAGAUGCUCCCCCACAGCUUGGCGAGUCCGAAGUCGAGGCUACGGGAACAGAAGGCAUCACGGCAGUCUUGGUCAAGGAGAUCAAGCAAGAACGGGUACUGCUGCUGCGAUGUGUUCAGGCGUUCCAGCAACGACAGCAGGAGUCCGAGCUCCGACCUCUGCCGACCACUCUUGCCGAGCCUUUGGCAAGGCUACGUGCAGGCGCUCGCAGCGUGGAUCAGCCCGAGGCCUGUUAA